AUGGCUGAUAAUAUUGAUAAUGAUUUGUUGAUAUCUCUCGUAGAGGAACGUCCAGUUCUCUGGGAUAAAACCAUAGAAGAGUAUAAAGACAAAGAUAAGAAAAAUAGUGCAUGGAAGGAGGUCUGCCGAAGCAUUUUUCCGACGUUUGACGAGCAAACUAAUAAAGAAAAAACAAAAAUCGGAAACGAGGUGUUAAAAAAAUGGAAGAAUAUGAAAGACAAUUUCACAAAAUACGCAAAAAGGCUUGAAAGUUUAAAUAAAUCGGGCGCUGGUGCAACAAAAGUCAAAGAGUACCAUUUCUACAAGCAACUCAUGUUUUUAAAAAAAAAUGCUGCAAACGUAACGGACUCGAGCAUAGUUGAGGACCAAGAAAGUGACGAAGAUGGCCAGAAAGAUGAAACUGCAAGAUCUCGGUACCAGCCUUGUUCUCGGAAAAGAAAAGCAACCGACCAAUUUGAGUCAGACAUACUUCAGGCCUUAAAAGAGGCAGAAAAUAGACAUCUGUCGUUUUUCAAAGCUAUUUUACCGUCGCUAAACAAAUUAGACGAUCAUCAAACUUUAAUAUUUCAAAGUCGCGUCUUACAAGUACUCACUGAUCUCCACCAACCAGCCAUUAGAGGUGUGUAA